AUGGUUCUGCAUGGCUCCUUGAACAAUAUUUGGUCCCUGAAAACGAGUCAAAGAAACUCUUGGUUAGCAAAUAAGAUCAUAAAAAUCAGGGACGUGGCCUUUCAUUGGAUAAAGUUCAGGGUAGAGAAUGGGAAAAAUUGUAGAUUCUGGUAUGACAAUUGGUCACCUUUUGGUAGUCUUCAUGUCUUCCUACAAGGGGCUGCUUCGUUUCAGUUUGGGCUUUAUCCACUGGUUACUCUGCAUGACCUAAGAAGUCCAACUGGUUGGUUACUUCCUCUUGCUAGAUCAGAGAAUCAGGUUUUACUACAAGCUUAUUUGUCUACUAUCUCACUCUCUAGUGAUGAAGACUCCUAUGAAUGGGUGAUGGAUGAUGUUAUCAUGACCAAGUUCUCUACCGGUCAAGUCUAUAAUGCAAUUAGGGAGCAUCGUCCUACUAUACCUUGGUAUCAAGCUGUCUGGAACAAAAGAGGGAUCCCAAAACAUAGCUUUCUCACUUGGCUGUUUGUUUUGGAUCGCUGCCCCACUAGAAAUAGACUGCUCAACUGGGGUUUGAUUACGGACCCAAACUGUCUACUUUGUAAUUCAAGCUUAGAAGAUCGUGACCAUGUCUUCUUCGGCUGCAGUUUCUCCUGGAGGAUCUGA